AUGCUGGAGGACACAUCACUCGAAUCCCCUCGUCCGCGGGCCGAAUGCAGCAGUCAGAUGGAGCCGGGCGGGAAGACCGAGAUAGGAGCAUGGACGGCGAACGUAUCUUCUUGCUUAGAUAGAAGUAGCAAGCAUUACGUCCCCUCGUCCCCACCGAACCACUUGGAGCCUGCACAUAGCCAUGGAGAUGUGCACAAUGACACGACAGAUAGACCACAAUCCCCAGUCCGGAACCCCAACGAGCGCCAGAUUAACUCGGACCAGUCUGUACGACUGGAUACCGACCCCACUGAAGUCCAGGUGGCCGAUGAGGCCGCUGUUGAAGUCAAUGGGUCGGAGACAGAAUCCGCCCCGUGCGCCGAGCAGAUCACGUUGAAGGCAUUGUUAGAAAAGAUCCGGCAGGAAAAAGGGACUGACCAAGUGGAUAUACUCAGCGUGUGCUUCGGGGAGCCUGGUGUCGACCUCAAUGUACACAUUCAGGGCGACUUUACCGUGACCUUGUUGAUCUGA